UUGGCCAAUUAGUUAAUUACUGUACAUGUACAUUGAUUUGGCAUAAAUCUAAAAUGAAGAAUUUAUAUCAAUCUUGUACUAAAGUACAGUAUAUGUGUGUGUGUGCUUCCCUUUAUAUUAAUUUACAUUUUUGUACAUUUGAUACAGUUUAAAUCCUCAUAUAUACAAAUUCCUAGAUUUCAAAACUAGGAAAAUAUUCUAGUCACUCGAGUUAACAGGUUUAUAGAUCAACUGGCCAAGAUUAUUCAUAGAGGAAGUUCCAAUGGCUUAAAAUAAAUACCCUGUGGGAGAAUAUUACUAUUGCAUUAUCACCCAAGAAUAGGCACAAGGUGUCAAAUAUAAUAUUUGACCCACCUAUGAAAUCCAUUUACAUUUAAAAAAUUUACAAAGCCCAAAGAAACACAUCUGUGGAAUCUAAAUCCAUCGAAAUGAAAAGCAUAAAUCACAAAAAGCAUGGAUCCAUUAACUCUUCAAGAUUCCUAAAUGACCCGUUUUCGGUGGAACCACAAAAUCCUUGUUCAAAACCUGUACAAUCUACAUUCAUUGAAUCCAUAAGACAUGCAUUCACUGAAUCCACAAGACAUGCAUUCCUUGAAUCCAUAAGAUAUGCAUUCAUUGAAUCCAUAAGACAUGCAUUCCUUGAAUCCAUAAGACAUGCAUUCAUUGAAUCCAUAAGACAUGCAUUCCUUGAAUCCAUAAGACACGCAUUCCUUGAAUCCAUAAGACAUGCAUUCAUUGAAUCCAUAAGACAUGCAUUCCUUGAAUCCAUAAGACAUGCAUUCAUUGAAUCCAUAAGACAUGCAUUCCUUGAAUUCACUGAACUUGCAUUCCUGAACCUGUAAAACCUUAAUUAAAUUGUUCAUGAGAAAAUAUAUAACUCCUCUUGAAAAUACACAGCAAUGCAAUCAAAAGCAUUUUAACUCAUUGAAAUUUGACAAUUAAUA